UCUAGGUCGGUCAUGUCCUGUCACGCAUAAUUAGCGAGCUAGGAUUAACCGCGAGCGGAACUGCUCUGUGCUUUUGAGCGAUUUGACGUGCAGCUAGCUAGCCUAAGCGCUCUCAGUAUAGUGAGGCGGUGGCGCGCCGGCGCGGAGGGGGCAGAGAGAAAUGGACGGGCUGCACACGGAGCUCGCGCUGGGGCUGAUCGGGGGCGACGGGCAGCAGCAGACGGCGCCGUUCGUGGCGAAGACGUACCAGAUGGUGUGCGACCCGCGGACGGACGCGCUCGUCCGGUGGGGGAGGGAGAACAACAGCUUCGUCAUCGUCGACCCCGCCGCCUUCUCGCAGCUCCUCCUCCCCUGCUUCUUCAAGCACGGCAACUUCUCCAGCUUCGUCCGCCAGCUCAACACCUAUGGGUUCCGGAAGGUUCACCCUGAUCGGUGGGAGUUCGCGCACGAGUCGUUCCUGCGGGGCCAGACGCACCUGCUCUCGCGCAUCGCGCGCCGCAAGAAGCGAGGCGAUCAGGGCGGCGGCGCGUCCUGCUCUUUCGGCGGCUUCAACGGCGCCGGCGAGCAGCAUGCGGCGUCCAACAUGGGAAUGUUUGGGGAGGAGGCGGCGGCGGAAGACGUGUUGGCCAACGAGGCCGCGCUGUUCGAGGAGGUGCAGAGGCUGCGGCACAAGCAGACGGCCAUCGGGGAGGACCUGGCGCGGAUGAGCCAACGGCUGCAGGCGACGGAGCGGCGUCCCGACCAGCUCAUGUCCUUCCUGGCCAAGCUCGCUGACGACCCGAACGCCGUCACGGGCCACCUCCUCGAGCAGGUUGCGGAGAGGAAGCGCCGGCGCAAGCACCUCCCUCCCCACGAACCAACCGUCUCUCCCCUCCCGCCUGCGCCGCCGCCACCACAGCAGCCGCUCCUGGCACUUGCCGGCGCUGCUGCCAUGGAGGGCACCUGGCAAUGGACGACGGAGCAUCAGAUCAAGCCCAUGACGAUGCUCCCAUCCUUGGAGCCGCCCACAGCUAGCUGCGGCGUACAGAAAGUGCCUGAGCUCGGGGGCGGCGGCGUGAUGGGCUUGACGGACGGUGAGGCCAAGGUGGAGCCGCCCUUCCCAUUCUGCCUACUUGGUCAGGCUUUCUUCUAACUUGCCGAAUCAUGCCCAUGCACGCGUAGUAAUUCUUCCAUUUCCACCAUGCACUUCCUAAUUCAGUCACUCCUACGUACACACACAUGCAAAAACAAAAGGUUAAAAAUGAUGUUAGUUCUAGUGCAAUGCAUGCAGUAAUACCAGCAUCGAUCGGUAUGUUUUGAUCUGAUUAUUCUUACAGGGUACAGAUUAGAUUGCAGACGAUGGUGUAAUGCGACAACCUUAAUUGCUGUACGUAUGCACAACGCAUCAAACGAUAGUUGUACGUGUUAAUUAGUAUUUUUUUUGGGCGCUAGCUGCUAAUUAGUUAGUCGUCCUACUAUUAUUAGUAAGUAGGAGUAGUGUUUUCAUUAGGUGGACGCGUGGACAUUUGUUCUUGUCCUCCAAGCUUGUAGGGAUCAUCAAAGUGGUUAAAUCUAUCUAUAAUCUUGUUGCACCUUCUGUAUAAUACUUGCCGGAAACGUGCACU